AUGGUUAAAGUCUUCAAAACAUUAUUUGGCUCUUUCAUUUCUGCACUUGCAUACUGUUUGUUUCACCAUCAAAUCAGCAGCAAAAGGGCGAAUAACAGCUACCACUACCAGAACAUGGCCAAGGGCCGACCACUUUCGUUGCAGACAGUGGACCUCAAAGUCAGGAUGUGCUGCACUGGCUGCGAGAGAGUUGUCAAGGAUGCCAUUCUAAAACUUAGAGGUGUAGACUCAAUAGAGGUAGACCUCGAGAUGGAGAAAGUAACAGUAAUUGGAUACGUUGAUCGGAAUAAGGUGCUCAAAGCGGUGAGGAGGGCAGGCAAGAGGGCUGAAUUUUGGCCUUAUCCCAACCCGCCUUUGUAUUUCACUUCGACAAAUGACUAUUUCAAAGACAUGACCACUGAGUACAAAGAAAGCUAUAACUAUUGGAGACAUGGCUACAGUGCCGGUGAUAAGCACGGAACUCUCCAAGUGAGUCAUCGCGGAGAUGAUAAGGUCAGCAACAUGUUCAAUGACGACAAUGUCAAUGCUUGCUAUGUCAUGUAA